CCGGAAGGACGUCAGCAGGGCUCCGUCCUGGUUUUCAACUCAACCAAUAGGCCACGUGCUUGUUACGCAGGCUGCGCCGGCCGCCGGCCAUGUCUGAUCAGUCCCGGGUAGCUGGGGGCCCUCAACAGGUGUCCCCACGGCCACGUUCGGAGUCGAGGCGAGGUGAACCAUACCUUGCCUCAGGGGGCUCGGGAUCGUCGCAGGACGAGAUGAGGCCACAUGCUCCUGGUAACAGUCAUGGUGGUAGCGGGCGCUCGUAUCAGCUGAUAGGUGCCCAUAAACCACUUCGGCCCCACAGGCGUGCUCGGCCAGCUGCGCCCCCGUCCCCACCUGCCCCCUGGAACAUGGUUUUGGAGGCCAUUUCGGAGCUACGAGGUGAGGUGAACAAGCUAAAGGAGGACAGGCAGCCUGCCCCUCGUGUGGCUCCUGUGGUGAACGAGGGUGCGGGUACAUCACGUGAUGCGUGCCGUCCUCUGUCUCCUCCUCCUGGCUCUUUCUCAGGGUUUAUGGAUUCAGGCAGUGAGGAUGGUGAGAUUAGAGUGUUUGCCCCAGGCAGUAGUGCUCUCAUGCUGGGGGCCAAAUCUUUUGGUCCACAGGAGUUGGUAUCAGAGGAUAUUGACACACAGGUUGCGGACAUGGUGAAUUACGUGUUCGACAACGGCAUGAGGGAGGAGGACUACAAGGACAUCUGUGAGGACGACAUUGUGAAGAGGCCGGCCAACUGUCACGCACUCGCACCUGUGGAAUGUAACACGCAGGUGUUUGAAGCCCUCAGAGUAGAUGCUAGGAAGGCAGACUGUCGCCUAAAAGAAGUCAACAAGGACAUCCUGAGAGCGGCGACCAUUAUUACAAAAUCCCUCUUGGUACUUGACAAGGUAGCUACUGAUGAGGGGAACGCUGUGGUGGCUCGCGAGGUCGGAAUGAUUAAUGGCGCACUGGCUUUGUUGGGCCAUGCAAACCACAGGAACAACCUAGCAAGGCGGCUGGUCAUGAAACGGGAGAUAAACCGUAAGUACUCGCACCUUUGCUCAGACAGGGUGCCUAUGACCCGCUUCCUCUUUGGAGAUGACGUGUCACAGUCGGCCAAGAAUAUUGAAGACGCGGAGAAGCUUAAGCACAAGAUUACCACCAAGAAGUCUUCUUUGGCCUGGCGAUUCCCUGGGGGGAGGACGAGGAGUUCUUGGAGUAAAGCACCAAACAGGAGCUUCUCAUCCAGGUUCCAGCCUUAUGGUUUGCCGAGGACAGGCUACAGGGGCAAUCAACGACCUGCACAGGCGAGGCAGGACACGGAUCCAAAAAACGCGAAAGGCCGGGGGCACAAGGCUCGUCAGUAAUUGAGGCAAGUAAGGACUUUGAAGCAGGUAGACUGCACUAUUUUGUUUCUGAGUGGCAGAAAUUUACACAAGACCCAUUUGUUUUGGACAUUGUUCAGCAUUGCCACCUUAAUAUCAGUGUAGAGGACAUAGAACAUCUUUACUUUAAA